CUAUAUGGUAUGUGACAAAACUGUCCUUUCACGAGGCAUUUUAGUUUUUUUUGUAGUUUUUUGUCUAAGUAGCCAUAAUCACUGGCUGCCUCAUACAAAACAUAUUUCCAAAGUGCAAAAAAAUUGUGCUGCUUUCUAGCACAGUCUUCAGACUGUUUCGGAUAAAUUCUGCUCCACCCUCCUCUCGCCUUCUAAGUCUCCAAGUCCGAUAUGUUCUCUCUCUGAGACGGGAAACCUUGGCUAUGCUGCAAGCUAAUCCAGUUGCCAGUGUGUCUUAUACAGAGUGUGUUUUUACGGGAUCCCAUUCAAACAGGUGUGAGCAGCAGAAACAGUCCCAGAUGGCGCAUGUUGAACGGAUAUGUGGCCAUACUGGAUCACAUCAGCAUCUUUGCGCUUUUUAAGGGUUGAGCAACCCGCAUCCGAAUAUACUGUUGGCGGUUAGAAAGUAGGUCGAUAGGAACUGAGCGCCACGUCUGUUUCCGCGCUUUUUUCUGUGUUCUUUGUUGUUUAGCGAGGACUGUGGGUUUUUUUCUUCUUCCAUAAGCUACCCUUUAGUGAAGAACGUUUUACGCACAGGUGGGAGAUACCCGCUCAGCAUAGGACAGCCCCCGUCUCUGCUUCUAAGCGGAUGAUGUGAGGAAGUGACAUUUUUCACCGCUGCGGUUCGGGACAGCACUGCUCCUCUGCAAACAGGUGUGCUGCUGUCCGGGUCACUUUUACUCGGAAACCAAGGGAGGUAGCGUCCCAAAACCUGAACUAAGCCGCCUGGACACGGGACAGCGGGGACCAGAGCAGGAAAAUCGACCCGUUCAAGUCUAUUCUUUAUUAGCCUGGGCUGUUUGAACGUGUUGAGACAGAGAGAGAGGGAGAGGGGGAGCAAUGGCAACGAAAAAAGCGUGCGUGGAUGCGCCCAAAAGGAGCCGGAGUCCGGUCGUGUUGGAGGCGGAGAUGUUCAGUGAAUUUCAGGACUGGUGUCUCCGGACGUAUGGAGACUCCGGUAAAACAAAGACCGUCACUCGGCGAAAAUAUAACAAAAUCAUGCAGACACUGUUGCAGAACGACGACUCGGAUGGCGUUUAUGUCGACAACAGCCAUAUCAACGCCAAAUUCAAAUUUUGGGUGAAGUCUAAAGGAUUUCAGGUCGGGACCAACGUUUUGGGAGAGCACAACAAAAAGGGAGCUCCAGGGAAACCCGUCCUAUAUGUCCCGGUCAAGUCGACGUGUUCGGAUGGGAACUCGGCCCAAGACAACUCAUCCCUGAAGCGUGUAGCUGUGGUUGAAGACUUCUUUGACAUCAUCUAUGCCAUGCACGUUGAGAUGGGUGCUGAUCCUGGCAGAGCACCCAAGCACGCAGGCCAGAAGAAGACCUACAAAGCGAUAGCAGAGACCUACGCCUUCCUGCCCAGAGAGGCGGUGACUCGGUUCCUAAUGAGCUGCGGAGAGUGUCAGAAGAGGAUGCACAUCAAUCCCAGUGCUGCAGAGUUCAAAGAAAAUGACAGGCCAACCUCACUGGUCCCAGACCUCAUUGACUACAACAUGCCUCUCACUGCCACCUACCUGAAACAAAUGAAACUGCAGUGCAUGACUGCCACUGAAAGGCCCCUUUCUCUCCAGGAUGACAGUUCGGUGAGCAGUGAGGAGAUGAACAGUGCUGAGCCCACAUGGGUCGCAGCUGAGCAGCCUCCAGUGCCUGAGCCCGGUCCAACCAACGGAGACAGAGUCAGUGACCCGACAGCCGCCAUUAAAGAAGAGGAUGAUGACGACUCUUCAGAGAGCGGCAGUGCCAACGGGCUGCCAGCCCUGACAUCGCCCGAGGUACUGUCUGUGGGCGGGAACCCCGCAGAUGGUGGGGCUCCAUAUGGGGAGGUGACGGAGAAUGGUUUGAGCGCUCCCCUGGACUUCAGUACCACCUCACCCUCAUCCUCCUCGGAGGAUCAGCAGCCAGUCAAUCUGAGCGACAGACUGCUGCCAGCGGGGAGCUCUCCGCCCAACUCCUACUCCACAGACCCCAACAGGAAGUUCCCUAUCAAAACAGAGUACUCCAACAAGUCCCCUCCUUACAGCUCAGGGAGCUAUGACUCUGUAAAGACUGAACUGAGCAUGAGCGCAGAGGACUUGACCUCUGGUCGGGCACAGAUCAUUGAUGAUGACGAUGAUGAUCAUGACGACCACGAUGACAGUGACAAGAUCAAUGACGCUGAGGGUAUGGACCCUGAGAGACUUAAAGCCUUCAAUAUGUUUGUGCGUCUGUUCGUGGAUGAGAAUCUGGACCGCAUGGUGCCUAUCUCCAAGCAGCCCAAGGAGAAGAUCCAGGCCAUCAUUGAGUCCUGUAGCCGCCAGUUCCCAGAGUUCCAGGAGCGCUCCCGCAAGCGCAUCCGCACCUACCUCAAAUCCUGUCGCCGCAUGAAAAAAGGCGGUUUUGAGAUACGACCAACACCUCCUCACCUCACCUCUGCCAUGGCUGAGAACAUUCUCGCUGCUGCCUGUGAGAGCGAAACACGAAACGCUGCCAAGAGGAUGCGGCUCGAUGUCUACCAAGCAACGGACGAGCCUGCCUCAGUUGAGAAGGUCAACUCGAGGGACCCGGCCUCUGUGGCCCCAUCAGGAUUCUCCAUUUCCAGUGCAGCUUUUGCCCAAGACGGGCUCUACACCAAUGGAGGCCUCAACUACAACCUGCGGGGAUUUGGGACAGUCGGCAGCAACCAGCAGAACUCUGGUUCUGCACAAACCAAUGUUGUUGUCACAGGUCCCACAGAUUUGAGUAUGAAGGCGGUCGGCCCAAACUCCUCCUCCAGCUCCAACAGUCAUGGUCAGGGAGGUGGUGGCGGUGGAGCUUCAGCUCAGCUCAGCCCGCCAGAGGUCACAGCGGUGAGGCAGCUCAUCGCAGGGUAUCGGGAAUCCGCAGCCUUCCUGCUCCGCUCAGCAGACGAGCUGGAAAUCCUGAUCCUGCAGCAGAACUGAGUCCAAGCCAAACCGUGCCAAGAUCCUCUCCUAGCCUGUCCAUUUCUGCCGCUCUCGGUCACGUCUUGGCAGACUUUCGUAUACAAAGACACAAAUGUGAUACUGCAGUACACAGUGGGUUCUGUAGGUAGGGAACGUAUACUUAUUCCCACAUGUUUAAGUAUUUGGACGGGCCAGAACAUAUCACAGGCAGAAAAAUGUUUAUUUAUGCAUUCAGUUCACUUUGACCUUAGUGCCCUGUUAUCUGUAGCCAUUCAUUCCAUUCAGUUCAUUUUACCACCUCAGACUCCAUUCGUCUCAGGAAGCGAUGAUCUGUGUGAAAAAAAUAAUCCACACUGGUACCCAGGGUGGUACCAGAGGUGUAAAAUUAGCUGUGACCAUAACGCCACGUCGACUUGUUUGUGAAGAGGUUUGGAUAAAAAUAAUAGUUAAAUAGCAGUGAUUUAGUGUCAGUACCUUGUUUUUGUUUUUACACAAAUGUAAAAUAUGCUGUAUAGUGGCAGGAUGUGAUUGGGUUGAGUCAUUUCUAAAUGUUCUGUGAAAAAUUUGGAGCAUUGCAUUCUGAAAGUC